GGCAGCAAGGCACCCGCCACCCCGGCAAGAGGCCUUUAAGGCAACGGAGGAGCUCAUAGGCUCGAGCACGAAGUAACCGUUAGGCACGACCGGCGCCGGGAGAGGGGGUGGAGUGGAAGCCUCCCACGCUUCCCUCGCCGAAGCGCCCCUCUCCUCCUGCGUAGGCACACACGCACGCGUCAGUCGCCAUGGGAACAGAGGUGCUCCGCCCGCAUGACUGCCUCGCCCGUGCUAGGCGGCCGCGGCCGCUGCGCCCCACUGCCGGGAGGAGGACGGCGGCGCGCCAGGGCUGUGGCACACGCGGCGACAGGCGGAGCCCCUCGGCGGCGGUGACGGUGCCGAGGCAUGUCGUACGGACCAAGGUGGCGAUGGCGGACGCGUACGCGGGCCCGGCGUUCGGUGCCAUGUCGCCGUCGCCGCGGGCGCUGCCCCUGCCACGGUUUUCGUCCAGGACGGUCGUCCACGCGACGGUGUCAGGCGUGGACGCCGCCGCCACGCGGGAGCUUCGGCGGCUGCUGGGGCUCCAUUGACUCGUAUGAUCAGGCAAAUUGUACAAAAGAGUAAUGGACGGGGCCAUGGCUGCCCAUGAGCCCAGCAACACGUACGCAAGGGUCAGAUGCGUGGGUGUCUCUUCCCAUCUCGAUCUUCUCGGUUUGCUGCUCUUUUGUCCGUCUGCCGUGCGGCCCGAGCGCCGGCUUCGGAAUGCCUCCCUUUGCCUGAUGUUUUUGUGGGGGACAAAGGGAGGCCAGAAGCGGUAGCACCGCCGCCGCGUCAUGGUUCGCCGGAGACAUACACAAAGACAGGAAGCAAAACAUGCAAAAUUGCCACCGCUUCUCACUCAAUUUUAUGCUCGAAUGUGAAUCUCAUAAUCUGUGAAUAUUCGCCUUCUGAAUUGAGGGGAGGGUUACCUUCCUCUAAAAACUUGAAAGAAAUUAAAGUAUGCCAGGUUCUCGAAAAGGAUGUCAGUGUAUUAUGGGUCUAUUUGGUAGGAUGGCUAGAAACCCAGGCUGGAAACGCCCUGGCUAGAGGAAGCACCGGAGGUUUGUUUGAUUGUAGCUGGCUAAAGGUGACGCACAACUCUAACUGCUAUUUGGUUUUCCUGGCUAUAAAGUCUGGCCAAAGGUGGUGCACAAUUCUAACAAUUGUUUGGUGUACAUGGCUA